GCUUACAAAAUCAUGUGACAUAAUAUUAGAAUAACGGUUAAGAAGCAGCUACAGCAGCCCACAGACAACGCUUAAGGUUUCAUGAAUCUUAUUAUAGUCUCUUACUAUGGAAACUUUAGGCUAUUAAUUAGCAUAAUAAGAAAGUUGCGUAAAUGAAAGAAAGCUUAGAAGACAUGCCAAGAAUAUAUGACACGAGUUGAAGAAGAACUCUUCAGCAUUGGAAGGCUAUAAAAGCGGCAUCUUUAAAGCACACAGAAUUCAGUAUUCAUACAAAGCACCACUAGGAAGCGCUACGCAUGCGCUGUUAUUCUAAAUAAAAAAAUGUUGGACAAAAUCUUUAUCUUCCACGCUCUGCUGGCUUUGUGCGCUGCCGAUGUUAGCCACUUGAGUCGUGAUUACCUGCCACCCGUCGUCUCCGCACUGCAAGGUGAGCAGAUCCAGCCAGCGGCAACGCUCACCCAAACGCAACCACAACAAAUCCAGCAGGAUGAGUUGUUAAUCGACGAAGCCAACAAUGGCAACUUGCAUGCGUUAAAGGAUGUUGAGCAAUCAUUGGAUAUUGAGCCUGCUGUUACGGAAGUCACACCGGAGAGUCUUUCAAGUGAUAACACUUCCGGUGAAUCAGCUAGCGAUCCUUUCUUUCAACCAAGUUUUGGUGGUUUCCCCGGCGCUCCCUUCCCCGCAGCUAAUCUACCGAAUCCUAGUUACGGCGGACAAUAUCCAGGUUAUGGAUUUCCGGGACAAGGUUUUGCUGGACAAGGUUUCCCCGGCGCAGGUUUCUCCGGACAAGGCUUUCCUGGUGCUGGUUUCCCCGGACAAGGCUUUCCAGGUGUAGGCUUCCCUGGACAAGGCUUUCCUGCUGCUGGAUUUAAUGGGCAAGGCUUUCCUGGACAAGGCUUUCCUGGUGCUGGUUUCCCGGGACAAGGCUUUCCUGGUGCUGGUUUCCCGGGACAAGGUUUUCCCGGCGCAGGUUUCUCCGGACAAGGUUUUCCAGGUGUAGGCUUUCCAGGGCAAGGUUUUCCUGGCGCGGGCUUCCCAGGUGCAGGUUUUCCGGGCAACGGCUUCCCGGGACAAGGUUUCCCAGGCGUACCCUAUCAGACAGCAACUCAACAACAGUCCGGAAAUUCGAACGCACCACAGCCUGUAGCUAAUAAUCGUGUGCUAAAAGCACCACUCGCCAGUGAUACCGUUUAUGGCACUAACGGUGGUUAUGUCUACGACAAACCAAAAUAGUUUUAUCGCAUUCUUCAUAAUACUUUGGUAAUUUCCAAGCAUUUUUAGAUUUAAUUUAUUUUUUUUCGUGAUUUAAUCAUCAUCUUUCUCUACUCCUUCUGCAUUUUCUGCUAAUCAUAUAAUUUUUUGAACUCGUCUGGACUUGAAUCCAUUAGCAUUUUAUCACGACACAAUGCG